AAGUCGGGCAGACAAAUUUAUUUGAAAUCGUGGAAAUCAGAAAACACCCUGUAUGCUUCGAUCAACAAGAACCACCCGUGUUUCGAUGUUGUCGUCUAUAUAUAAUUACUUUCGAGGUAUCACUCCCCUCCCCACCACCCCACAACGUACCUUCACCACCAACCCGAGUUUGCCAGAAAACGCCUUCCAUCCGCGUCUUUCACCUAUCAUAUCCCAACUUGACUCGUUAGCUCCUCGGUUUGCAUUACAUUCAGACGACAUAGACAUUUUAAGUAGUCCCGAUGAGUUCUACAAUUUGCUUACCCAAAAGAUUAGUGCUGCCAAGAGCAGAAUCUACUUGAGUUCAUUAUACAUUGGUAAGAAACAGACUGAUUUGAUUGAUUGUAUUGAUCAAGCUAUGAGCAAGAAUGACGAGUUGAAAGUGCAUAUAUUGACCGAUGCAUUACGUGGAACGAGAGAGGCACCAAACCCAUGCAGUGCAAGUUUGCUUGUCGGUCUUGUUGAAAAGUAUGGCAAGCAUCGAAUCGAUGUUAGAAUGUACCAUACACCACACUUGUCAGGAAUAACCAAACUGAUUACCCCCAAGAGAAUUAACGAAGGUUGGGGCUUGCAACAUAUGAAAUUGUAUGGGUUCGAUGAAGAGAUUAUCUUGUCCGGUGCUAACUUAUCCCAAGAUUACUUUACCAACAGGCAAGACCGAUAUUACGUGUUUAAAAACAAGUCAAUUACCGACUACUAUUUCCGGAUUCAUACGGCUAUUCUGAGUUUAUCCUACCAAGUCACGGAAAGUAAGUUAAAGCAAGGGUUUAAGUUGACCUGGCCAACUAGUAACAAGUCGUGCGAACCGCAUAUGAACUUGCACCGAUUUAUAAGCGACUCCGGACAUUUGUUGGAACCAAUCCUCAAACAGCAUCCAAUCACUGAUGAUGGUUCUGAUUUUGAUACCAUUGUCUACCCUGUUUCUCAAUUCACACCAUUAUUCCCACAAAAUCAAGAUAGUUCCACUGAGAAACCUUCCAUCCUUAGAAUAUUGACUUAUUUGGAUUCACCUUCAAUCAAAUGGUGGUUUACUGCUGGUUACUUUAACAUGUUACCAGAAAUCCAACACAGAUUACUCAAUGGGAAGGCUGAAGGAUCAGUCAUCACUGCCUCGCCUAAAGCCAACUCCUUCUAUAAAUCCCCUGGUGUGUCGUACUACCUCCCACAAGCAUACCUUCUCUUCACCAAACAAUUCCUUCAACAGGUGAAACAGAAACAUAGCGCCAUCACCGUGUAUGAAUGGGAAAAUGGUGAAGUCAACACUCCGGAAGGGUGGUCAUACCAUGCAAAGGGGUUAUGGGUUAGUAUUCCUAAUGAAACGAAGCCAAGUAUCACAAUCAUCGGAAGUUCCAACUACACCAAACGGGCAUACUCUUCUGACCUUGAAAGUAAUGCCGUGAUAAUCACCAAAUCAGACAAACUCAAACUGAAGAUGAAACAGGAAAUUGACAAUUUGAUGAAACACACCCAAGAAUUAUCCUUGGAUGACUUUCAACCACGCGCUGUGCCAGGUACUAAUGAACAAGAACCUCCUCGUUAUGUUAUUGACGAAGAUAGAAAGAUCACUUAUGGUGUUCAUCUUGCUGUUAAAUUGCUUGGAGGGAAACUAUAAAUAUAUAGAUAAAUAGAAAUAGAUUAUUCUGCAUACUUUAACCGAGGUUUAUUUUCAGCGUAGAUUAAGAAUUGGCGCCAGAGUAUGAUUAUGCAACUGGUUUGAAUUCCAAUGACGAACCAGCUGGGAUAGUUGACAGGUAUGUUCCAAAAUGGAACGUCCAUACUGUAUCUCAGGAUCAACAUAAAUAGCACCGCUAAUCCCUCUAGUAAUAACCAAUGAUGAUGUAACCCUCGGACGCACUCGCCAAACCAGUUCAUAGAUAUUUGAGGUAUAUACUUUACUGCACUUGAUACCUUACUUAUCAUCCAUAUGAAAUCAACGAUAUCUAGCACAUAUAAUGGUUCAGACGUACAUACCAUGUACACUAAAUACACCAAUAUGACAAAGAAUGUACUAAGAAGAAAAGUACACGGAUGGCUUAUUCCUUGGUUGGUGUUUCUAGACUUGCUAUAUGUGAAUAAUUGUCUGAAUAGAACAGUAUAUGCAAAGAAUAUAACUGUUUCCAAUAUGAGUACGGUAUAAGAUAUGGGGAUUUCUGGAUAUUGGCUAUAGCGUACUACGUACUGAUGUCGAACUAGCGAAUCAUAGGAAUAUAGAAUGGUGGAAAGCAUUGAUGUGAAUGCGGACACAAGCGCUAGUAUUAUCAUGUCAUAUGAUAACCCAUAGAUUGACUUUUUAACCUUGUUGAAAUGUAGUUGAUAACAUAUUGAUGUGAGCUGUAGGAUAUUGCUUAGCAGUACUGACACAUUUGAUAUUGACAUGCUAUAUACCAUCUAUUAGUUUCUGUGUAUCCCUUGGUAUAAAACGGUGUCUGUUUUACCCUG